AUGGAGUCACCGCGCUCCGACGACGGCGGUGAGCGCCCGGUCCGCAAGCAACUCUCCAAAGCCACGAUUGAUUCCACCCCGCAAGAUUCGACCCAGGAAAAUACUAGUGGUCGCAAGCGAUCCUUCGAAGAGUCCCGCGACGCCGCGGAAUACCAUACCGAAGACGGCCAGAUCAGGAAGAAGCGAUCACGAGAGGGCACUCCGAACUCGCCCGAGCAGAAGCAGGCCGGCAGCAAGGACGAAAGUGCUGGUCCCCAGGAAUCCGAGGAGCAGAACAUUCUUGAUCACUCUAAGAAGUCUCCCGGGCCCCAUCAAGCCGAUGACCUCCCUGAAUGCGACGGAUACCCGUGGACUAAGGUCCUAGAGGAGCGCGAAAUGCUCUCCGGGCGGCUUUGGCACGAGGUACUGCAUCAUGGCAAGCUCCUCAGAUACUAUGAGAACUGCUAUGGGGAGUAUGUAGACGGUUUCAACGCUUCGAAGCAUGCGCUCAAGCUCCAGGAGAAGAUAAUGGACAAACGUGAGCAGUCGGCUGCCCAGCGCGAAGAGAUGGCUAUGUGUCGGGAGAAGGCAGCUGCCAUUCAUGAAAAAUUCGUCCAAAACCGCGAAAAGAAGGUACAAAGGCGUGAGCAUGAGCCAUUGAACGAAACCGUCACCGUCAAUUUCGCGGGCACCCCCUCACCCGAACACUGGGAGACUUCUGCCAGCGAGAACAAUUCUGAAUCUCAAGGCAACUGGGACUGGGAGUCUCAAUAUGAACAUGAAGAAAAAAUCCUUGACGAACAUGGUUAA